CAUUUUUUUUUCUAUAAAGGAAAGAGGAUUUUUGUAGUCUUAAGGUGAAAUAAAAAGCUAGUUGUUAAUGUAAAUCUUGUCUUAUAUAUUACAGCUUUCAUUCAGAGUUCCAUUACAGGAAAGGCUCUUACUGUCUUUGAUAGAUGUCAGUCAUUUCAAAAGUUUCCCCUGAGAGAGGACUAAGGAAAUACCAUUUUCUCUUAAGCUCUCUAUGCUGCAUCAUAUCUCAUUAUGCAAUUGACCUUGAGGAGAAACUUUGGAAAUACUGAGAAAAUACCAUUUCUGUCACCCACUUGUCAAGAGACUUCUGGAUCUAACUCCAUAUCCUCUUACUUCUUGUACUGAUUCAUUUAGUGUCUACCUCAUUACAAUCAAACAAACAUAACAUGCUACUGCAUGUUACCACAGAUUAAGAAGUAAUAAUGAAAAUGUUAGUGGGGAAAACAAGUUCUUAUCUUUCUUUAGUUAAACGCUAAAAAAUUAACACUGUAUUGCCCAAGCAUUAAGCAUUUGGAUCCAGUCUUAGUUUUGCCUAAUGAAGUUGCAAUUAUCAUUAGUGAUAUAAACUCUUUAAUAUUUCUACUCUUUUUUUCAAUUGAAACAAUUUUAAAAGAUGAAAUAAAAAAUAUAUUGGAUGGUUAAAUUUUGGUUAGAUAAGUAUAAAAUAGAUGCUGGAAUCUAUAAUUAUUUCAAAUUAUUUUAUAUAGAGGAUUAGCAAACAAAAACAUAUCUAAUUCAUGGUGAUCCACCAGGCAGAGUAAACUUUUGUUACAUUUUACUCAUAGCAGCAAGAUGGGCAGCAAAUUUAAUAAAUAAAAAUUUAAAAAACAACUUUUUAAUGGGAUUUUUUUUUACAUCAAGUGUAUGAAUUAUUGUAAAGAAUGUCUCACUUUUCUGCAGAAUUCACAUUGCCAGGGAUUGAAAUGCUCCCUUUGAGCAAUGUAGGAUACAUCAGGAUGUUUUUAUUAAGUAAUAUAGAGUAGAAUUAAGAGUUCUGAACCAGUGUUACCUUGUGCAAGCUUUUCUUAUUCAUUAUUGGAAAUAGAAUGUUUUUUUUUAAUUCUAUGAUGUAUUUUAUUCAAAGUAUAUACUGUAAGUGGGAUUCACCUUAAUGUAAUCAUCUAUUUGCUUGAAUUGUUUUUAUUACAUCUUGACAGAAAAAAGCGGAGUGCCCAAUCACAAAGGGCAAAAAGCAUCUAAUAUUAGUGUUUGUCCAUACUGCAAGCAACCAUAGCUGAAAAACAAUAAGUAUUAUAUAAGUAAAGUUACUUUGGAGGACUACAAUUUAGUAGAAGCCUUUGAAUCUUAUUAUUGUGACAACUGUAUGAUGAACAGUGAGAAUAUGAAAAAAAGGGGAAAUGAAGCAUUUGCUAAGGAUAAAUUUGAUAGUGCAGUCACUUUCUAUACAAAAGCUAUAGAACUAUGGCCUGAAAAUCACUUUCUUUAUGGCAAUCGAGCUCUCUGUUUUCUCCGAAUUGGACAGUAUCGAAAAGCCUUGUGUGAUGGAAAGAGAGCAAUUAUUUUGAAGCCCUCUUGGCCUAAGGGACAUUAUCGAUUUUGUGAUGCUUUAUCAUUCUUGGGUGAGCAUAGGAAGGCAUUAGAAGCCAAUGAGAGAGGUCAGGUCCUGUGCAGAGAGAAUCCUGAAGGAGUGAAGGGUCUUAUUGAGCAACAUGAGAAGCUUAAAAACCAAAUGGAAGACGCUAGAGGUAUAAAGCAAAAUAAAUACAGACUAAAGAAACAACUGUUGCAGAAAAAUUCUUCAGAGUAUGUGUCAGUUGGUAAUCAAGAAUCAAAAAAAUCUCACAACGAAAACAAAAAACUAUGUGAUUCUCAUCACCAUCCUAGCCAGCAGAAGCAAACAAAUAUGGUUGGAAGUAUAAAAACUAGAGUUGGUAGAGAAAACAUAGAUCAUUUAUCAGUUUUUCCAGCAGAAGUAAGUGAAAAUCCAAAAAAGCAAAGAAGCCAAAUGGAUGAUUCUGAAAAGCUGAAAGAACAAGUGAAUUUGAAAACUGAUUCUAAAAAAGUUGUAGAGAAACAUAACUUACAAUGUGGAAAUGUGCAACAGGGAGAGGUAAUACCUUCAUUAGAAAUGUUGAAGACAUAUAUGAAAAAUGGAUCCACAUCUUUAAUAGAUCAGUGCUUUCACAGUGCUGAACAAUCAUUUGCAUUAUCUUUAAAUAUGGUAGAUCCAUCUCAAUUACAGUGUCUGAACCUUGCUCUCGUUGAUUAUGUUGUGAUCAUGUAUGGAUAUGCCAGUGCUCUCCUAGGAAUAGGACAGCCUGAGGAACUAAGCAAAGCCAAAUAUCAUUUUGAUAAAAUAAUUGAGCAAUAUCAGAAAGUGAGAUUCAACUGCUUGGCACAUUAUGGAAUUGGAAAAGUAUAUUUGAGACAAAAUCGAUUUUCUGAAGCUCUAGACCAAUUCAUGAAGUCAAAAACUAUGGUUAAUCUUAAGAUUGUACCUGGAGUACUGACAUGGCCUACGACGUCAGUAAUAAUAAAAGAGACAAGGUCAGAAGCAUUACAAGUUAUAUUGGAAGAUUGUAUUACAGAAUGCAAGUUUUCCCCAAAACCAAAUGCAGUAUGUCGUUAUCAGCAAUGCCAAGCACAUAAAGUCAAAAUAUAUUUUAAUGACCCAGUUUUCAAGGGUUUUAUACGUAUUGCCUGCUGUAAACAGUGUAUAGUAGAAUUUCAUUUAAGCUGCUGGAAAAAAGUAAAAGCUACAAGAUAUUGUGAUAAAAAUGAUAAGGAUAUUCUUCAAGAGACGUGUUUCACUCCAGAUUGUAGUGGCCUUAUUUCUAAAAUCACUGUCUUCAGUUCUUCUGGUAUUGUCAAAUGUGAAUUUGAACAUAAAAUAAUAACCAAGAAUCCUCCAAGGCCUGUUCUAAAACAGAAAUGCUCGAGUUUUAGGAAGUUACAAGUAAAAGAGGAGAAAAAACUGAGAAGGAAAUUUAUAAAAGAAGCAGUGUCCUUCAGAAAUCUUGACGUAUUUCACAGAAGUAACAUUGUGGCAAAAGAUGAUAGCUUUAAAGAAAAUAUUCCGAAGAAUUUUUUUGUUGAGGAUACAAUCCUACAACUUAUUGGACGGUAUAAAAUGACCAUACAAGAUGGUGUACAUGAUGCCUUCAAACUUCUGGUUGAAUUGCUUUCAUGGUGGGUACUUAGUGAAGAGGAUUAUGCACUCUUUUCAACAAGUCGUCUAUCAUCGGCUGAAAUAAUGGACCAGCUCAUAAGCUUUUUAAUUGCUAAAAAUGAUAGAGUGAAGACAAGAAUUUUUGUACAUGUUGUAAGUGCAUUUGAAGAAGUGGAUCCUAAGCUACAUGACUGGAUGAAACAUCUUGAUAAUAAUGGUUUAAAAGCUACUGAAUUUUUUUUCUCAGAAUAUUUCACUUACAUUCUAUUGAUUGAUUUUAAAUCAGUAGCAGUCCUCUGGAAUGAGAAAUAUGGUAUUAAACUCAGCAGAACAUUCACUUGCUUAUCUGAAGAUGUGCAUGAAAUAAUAACAUGCUUAGAGAAGUUGUCACUUAUGGAACUUCGCUGCUUAGUAUGGUUAUUAGAAGAAAAUAGAAAGUGUUUCCCAUUUCUUCAUCAAUGUUUAGAUGACUAUUUUGAUAACCUGGAUAAUCCUUUUAUUGUGUUAAGGAAGGAAUAUACUGAAACUACUUCAAAUAAUGCUAUCAAAGUUAAAAACAAAAACCGGAAAAAAUCAAAAGAAUCCAAGGCUAUUUUAGUUGUCUCUGGUGGAGUUGGUACAGUAGCUCAAGAAGAAGACAAUAUAUUUUCUGAAGAAAAUACGUUAAGUUUUAUGAAUCCACAUGAGCCUUUUAGAAUCCCAGAUGAUCUUCAAGAACAAGUUAUGAUGUUUGAAGCAUUGUAUAAUACUGCUUCUUCUAACAACAGUUAUCAGAGAAUUUUGGACAAUUACCCAGAUCCAACUUGUGAAAGCUUAUAUGAUUAUUUUUCUCAAAUCUUGGAAGAACAUGGUCCCAUGGAAAUUGAUAAUCCACUAUUAGUUGGGGAAUAUGAAGAUUUCCCCACAGACACUCGUAAGAUAGUGGAGAAUGCCGGUGGUCUAAAAUCUUUUCUUCUGGGAUCUCUACGUUUUGUUAUGGUGGAUGAUCUUAUUGGAUUGAUGAAACAUGCAAUUAUGCUGCAGGAAAAUACAGAAGUAAUUGAAAUGGAUGAAAAUAAUUAUUCAGAGAGCCCAUACUGCCACGAAAACAAUUUCCAUAGCAUUUCCAGUUUAAAUCCAACUGCUAAGGAAUUUAAGCCUGUCUCUUUUAUUAAUAAGCCUUAUAUUUCAACAUCUACAGAUAAUUUAGAAUAUGUGACUAUUAGCCAGUCCUAUAGUCCUUUUGCUUCCUCAUAUUCCUUUUCUAGUCAAACUGACACUGCACCAGCCGUAUCUGACAAUCAUACAAUAUUUAUGAAUGAAAUUGAUUCAGAAUAUGUAAAUGAGAGACUAUCUCCAGUGCCAUUUAUGCCAGAUAUUUCUGAAGAAACCAAUUAUAUAUAUAUAGAUUGUAACACUUAUCUUGAUGCUGAUUCAGAAGCAACACAUAACAAGUGUAAUGUUGAUAACUUUACCACAGUUGAUCAAGUACAUACAUUUCAGAGCAGUCCUUGUAUAACAGUGAAAUCGGACAUUCACACUUGCACAAAAAAUCUUGACCAGACUGAGGACCAUGGUUGUAAUGAUGCUGAAUGCAGUUCUGUUACUAAAAUAAAAACAGAGAAUAAAUAUCUAGCAAGAAACAAUCCCCGUUCAAGGAUGAUUGCUAUACAGGUGGAUCAAGAACAAACAGAUGCUGGAGUUAAUACUUUACCUCUUCAUCCUUAUGAAAGCCAACAAGGAGAUAUGUUACGAAUGGAGAAAGAAUAUCAUGUACUACAAAAACAACUUAAAGAAGCAAUUGAAAAGUAUGAACAACUUAAACGUCGAAGUUCCAAAGAGACCAGUAUUUUAGAGGAAGAGUUAUCACUACUUAUUGAAGGAAACAAGCUCAGCAAGAGAGAAUUGGAUUGGUUUCAUCAAGAUGCAGAAGUGAACUUUAAAAAAUGGCAACAAGAAAAAAAAGAAAAACAAGAAGGAAUAAAAACAGGAAAACAUAAAGUCAGAAAGCUGAUAGAAACCAAUGAAACAUAUAUGAAAAUUAUUGAUGAGAAGGAUAAACAGUACAAAGCGUAUUUGGAUGAAUUUCUGGAGAUCAGCAAUAGGUUUGAAUGUGAAAAAAUCAAAAUGGAGGAAGCUAUAAAGAAGACCCAGGAUUAUCAGCAAGAAUGUGUUAAAAGAGCAAUAGCAGCUGAGGUGUCAGUACUUGAAAACUGGAAAGAGAAAGAAUUCUAUAAACUAAGCAGAAAAUCAACAAAUGCCAAAGCCAAUCUUAAAUAUCUAAAAUUCAUGACCAGUCAUUCUGCAACACCUCAGUCAAAAUUACAGAUUGAUUCUUGGGAGUCAUUUAUUUCCAAUAUUGGAGAAGAAAAGAAAAAAAUAGAGAGUCAGUUUGAAGAGAGGAUUUAUGUAGUAAAAAACGGUGAUCUCCUAAAUCGUAUCACCCCAGUAGAAACUGGAGAUCUUCAGCCACCUACUGGUUUGUCACUAGCAACUCUUGAGAAGUCUCCUAUUAAUGAUCCAGCCAUCAUAAUGUGUUCAGCUGCCGCUCCGCAGUCUGCUCCAUUUUCACAUGUUAAUGACAAUUACUCCUUAUCUUCCAAAGCUAAAACUCACACUGGCAAUAAAAAUCAAGAGGCUCCUUCAGAUAAAGACAUUGGAGAACUGCCUGCUGAAUGCAGACAAAGCUCACUUUCUGAUAAAGUAUGCUUGCCUCAAUCACUAGGAAAUUCAGGAAGACGUCUUCAGAAUAUCCAGCCACUGCAUAGCAUUUUAGAGGAACGAGCAAGAGCUGCAGAAUUGGACUCUGCUACAAUUCUAAACAAGCCAAUCCUCAGAAAGCUAUCUGAAAAUAUCAUUGACCAACUUAGAAUUAUAUUUCCAUACCACACAAGUUCAGAUUUAGAAAAUUUUAUAAAAGAAGUCAAUGUCAAAAACCGAAACAAGUUGAGCACAGAUGAGUACCUAAACAGGGUAACUGAAUUUAUCUUGGAUCAUCCAAACACAAAAAAGGUUCUUUCCUCUUCUGGAAAAAAUGAAAAGUUAUCCUCUUGUACUUCAGGAGAAAAUGGAAGUCAUACUCAAAAAGUAUUAAACACAUUGAUACAAAAUAAACCAAAAUCUAAAGCUGCUAAUGAAAAGAAAAAUAAAACUAGACUUCCACCUCAAUCAAAUCAGAUGCCAUGGAAAAAUAUUGGUGAAACUUCAAAAUCAAAGUGGAAAAAAUCAAAUGAUGCCAUUGAUAAUGAUCCAUGUGUAAUAUGUCAUGAAGAGCUAAAUUCAAAUCUGUUGCAUGUUCUGGAUUGUGGACAUAGAUUUCACAAACUGACAGGAGGAAUAGCAGUCUGUUUGGAAGUGGCAGAAAAAGCAGCCCACAGGGUGAGAAUUCAGAGGUUUAAACCAAGAAAUUGCAACUGUGAAACACGUACUUGGUGCCGGAAACUUUUUGAACAUAAUCUCAAAAAAGAAUCACUAAAAAGAAUCACUAAAAUGAUGUAUAUGAUUUGGAGAAUGGUGGUGCAGCCUUCUUGCAAGAUUUCAGGCCUCAGAAACCUUCUGAAGCAUUGUGAGAACAGUGUGCAUUAUUUGGAGGGUGACGCAAAUUACCUCAGGAAGAAAUCCUGGCAUGGUUAGUAGCUUCCUUGCACAGGCUCAGGCCAGGCCCAUUUCAUCAGCAGUGAGAGGAAGGCAGCAAAGCAGCAUGCAGAACACAGUAGAGCCUGGAGGGAGUAGGAACAGCUGAGGCAUGGCAUUGUGUUGCUGGUAUGGCUGGCCAAGUCACGGGGCAUGAGGUGGCAGUGGUGCUGGGCCUAAGGUAAAGACUGGGUGGUUGGCAACUAGCUGAGACUACUGAAGGCCCUGGGGAUCUAUUUCAGUUCCAACACUGGCCAUG